GGGGAUAAUCAGAAUUGAAUAGGUAAAAUUAGUCGGAAAAAAACCCCUUCUUUUUUCUUCUUCUAGUUGCUUUUAAGAUUAUGUGAGUGUAUAUGAAAGUCUGUUAUAAUCUUUCGGGCGAAGAGGGGAAUAUUGUUACGAUAUUUGAGAAUUGAGAUACGUAAAGUAUCUCGUUACGUUGCAAUAGUUUAUUAGAAAAGCCUUUCGUUUAAUCAUCCAAACAUUUAGCUAGUUAUAUUAUCCUUAAACUAAUAACGUAUCAUCGCAUGAAAAAUUUACAAGCAAAAUGACAAGGUCUCUUUGUACUUCUUGUGGUCUCAGGAGCAGAUACUGCCAAUGUCAUCUGCAAAAUUCAACUGCCCCAAACGCAAAUGCAAACAGUGACAACGGAGAAAGAGCGUUCAAGCUUACACCAGCCUCCUUCUGCGUUUUCUACCUCCUAUACACUCUCGCAAUGUUUGGAUUCUUCCUCAUCUUAUAUAUGGGUGCAGUCUUUCCCGACUACAUCCUAAAAGGGGUUUGUAACUUGGAGGUCUUUGCUGACUCCUUCUCCAUUUCAAACGCCUCAAACGCAAACGCAACCGCUGAUUGGAACGUCGGGUUUACAACAAGGAAUCCAGGUAACGGAUGUAAAGUCUCUCUCCGCACCAUCAAAUCGCGAUUGCUCCGCGGAAACAAGCUUCUCUCCGAGUCAUCCACUCCUGAUUAUUUCGGUUUACUGGUAACCGGAAAACUCAAUGAUGUACCGGUUCCUUAUGCGGUUUUCAAAACGGUUGCAACGCCCCGCAAAGGCGUGGUUUGGGAUAUCCGUGUCGAAGUCGUAACUAGCGUUAAGAUAAACGGUCGAGCCGGUCAUGGAGAUGGUUUCUUGAUCGUGACUUGCCGCGAUAUACCGGUAAAUUUCACGGCAGAUCCGACUGGAAAUGUGAAUGGAUCGUUGAUCGGAUAUAUGAGGCCGUGUGAGUAUUUAGUUCAGGAGGAGUAUACGGACCCAUCCUUUUAGAGUUUCUCUUCGAUCAUGCAUCUAUCUCUCUCUCUUUUACAAGUGCUUGGCGUUAGGGUUAGUGAAUUUGUUUCUUUCUUUCUAAAACAUUUUAAAUGUUAUUCAAUAAUAAGAUAGCUAGGAGUCUAGGACUAUCACAGAUCAUUAUAUUGUAGCUAUUUUUUAUUGCCAAUGGACAAAUCCAUAUAAUUGUGCGA